CCGUUGAUGUAGAUGGGGGUGAAUACUGGAUUGACCCAAACCAAGGCUGCUCCAGAGACUCGUUCAAGGUUUUCUGUAACUUCACAUCUGGAGGAGAAACUUGCAUCUUCCCAGACAAGAAAUCAGAAGGAGCAAGAGUCACUUCUUGGCCCAAGGAGGUACCAGGCUCCUGGUUCAGUGAAUUCAAGCGUGGUAAACUGCUUUCCUACACCGAUGCUGACAGCAAUCCAGUCGGAGUGGUGCAGAUGACUUUCCUGAGGUUGUUGAGUGCCUCUGCCCAUCAGAAUCUGACCUAUAACUGCCACCAGACUGUGGCCUGGUACGACUCGACCACUAACAGUUACGACAAGGCCAUCCGCUUCCUGGGCUCCAAUGAUGAAGAGAUGUCAUACGACAACAACCCCUACAUCCAAGCCAUUGUAGACAAAUGUGCAACAAAGAAAGGUUACCAGAAAACGAUAUUACAGAUUAACACUCCCAAAGUGGAACAACUUCCUUUCAUCGAUAUCAUGUUCAAUGACUUUGGAGAAUCCGGCCAGAAGUUUGGUUUUGAAAUUGGACCAGUCUGUUUCGUGGGAUAAAACUAUUCGAAUCUUCACAGAGAGAGACAAAAACUGUUUAAACACAGACACAGACACACACUUACAGACACCCAGACACACACAGAGGAAGAAUGAGAGAGUCUGCAGUAAACAACAAGUGACCUCAAUGAGCGAUUGACAGACCGAGAGUUGGAGCUGGUCCCGGGGAAAUCUUUACCUGGGAGUGAACGAUUCUGAAACAAACCUCAAAGCAGCGCCGCAAGAAAUGAUAACCACUCGAGGUCUUGCGAUCCCCCAGCCCUGAGGGGAGUGGACAGUCUUUCUGAUCGGGGCUGGGGGAGUGAGGCCAGAGUGUGCUCAGGCUCAGUCAGAGAAAUCUUUCCAGGGUAAAUCCCCUAUGGAGACAGCCCCCACAUUGAGAACAGUCCCAGGCCCUUGUGUGUGUCUCUCUCUCUCUUUCUCAGACUGAUAACCCUUCUCUCUCUCUCUCUCUCUCUCUCUAUUUCCAGCAAUGUUUCUCUUGUCUCAGAUGCAUAGGUUUUUUUAAAAAAAGAAAAAUUCGUCAAAUAAAUGUUUUGAAUUGAAAACCUUCCUCAGAAAUGGUGCUGACAAUUUUGAUAUUUCUUUUUAAAACAAAUUUUUGUACGUUUGUAAGUAAAUAUUUUAUUGUAUAAUAUUUUAAUUCUUCCCGCAGCUUCUGGCUUUGGAAUCAAUGCAUGUGGCUCUGUUAAAAUGUACAAGGAUAACUCGUCAUUCUAUGUGCAAAAAAAUAUAUAAAUAUAUCAAACUGUGUUAUUUGGGUUCAAUAAAACCUGCUCUGUUGCAUUAUCAAAAGCACGCGGCUCUAUCACAGAUACUUUACCGCCUCCUGCUGCUGUUUCCCAGGUUUUGAGCUCACUCCGCACGUUGAAUUUUCUGUGGGAACUCUCUCCCGCUAAAAAAAAACAAAAACGCUUUCUUUCCUUCCACUGUCUGGGCACUAAACUCAUCAUUUUCUGGGAAGUGGAGUGGGGGGCUUCUGGUUUAAAACCUCUGCAUUUUGCAUCACUUAACAGCUACGCCUUUGCCAGAUGUGGGUGAAGAUUAACCGGGAGAAUCCGAGCAACGAGGGGACAAAGGCGUUUCCCGAAGAUUAGGUGCUUUUUAAACGCCUGGCCUGUGGUGCUACUCUGUCAGCUCCGGCUGCCUGGUUUGAUUUGCUGCGCUGACCCAGCUACAUUUCCCGGAAUAUUGCUCCCCCCGUCCCCGAGGCUCGAAGCUCCCUGACGCUGCAUUCUGAUUCCCUUUGUUACACACACCCUUUCAUAUCAGUCCAAUAUCUUUCCAGGAACACACGAGACUCUCCUUCCUAUGUAAAUAGUACAUUCAUUCGCUUUCAGAGUGAGUGUUGUACGAGCGUGAGUUAGUUGCUAAGAAGCAGCCAGGACUAUUUGUGGUGCUAAAUCUAGACUGAAGUUUUUGCGACUGAUAGCCAUUGUCUUCAGUGACUUUGCUCCCUCCCCCGUCUUUAUUUCAUCCAGUUUCUUAUUCCUGUUUGAUUUCUUUGCUGUAAUUUGUUAGUCCCUCCCGUCAGUCAUGGCCCCAGCUCCUUGCUUUCUGUUUAUUCUGCAUGUUAUCCAGCUCUUUCCCUUUCCUCCAGCAGCCCCUUCCAGUCUCAUCUUUUCUAAAAGCCUUUGCUCUCCCUCUCUCCCCUCUUGUUCACUUUCGCGGUUGCAUCUCGCAGUUUUCCUUUGGACGUCUCUUUCUCUCUGUCUCUCCAUCUCCCUCUCCACCCCUCUGAUUGCCUCUCUCUUACUCUGUCAUACGUUCUCACAGACUCAUUCUCUUUCUCAUUCACACACACACACACACACAGCCUCUCUCACAGUAUCUCUCUCUGUGUCCCUCUCACCGUCUCUCUCUUUCUCCACCUCUAACAGUAUCUCUCUCUCACUCUCUCACCGCUAUCCAAGCCGGAGUUGCCUUUGCAUUAAAAAGACUUUUGUAAUUUUAUUUUUCUUAAGAAACAUGUGACUUGAACAUAAAAUAUUGUUAAUGACGAACUGUUGGAGGGUUUUCUUGGUACUUUUUAUUGGUCCUGAAUCUUUAAGUCAGAUCGUUAUACUGUCAUGUGACAUAUUGUAAAUGUUUAUGAGAAUCCCAAUAAACUUGUUCAUGAAA